AUGAGCGCCACAACCAACCAUGCCACUCUCAUCGCUCGAGCCAUCGUUUCUCUCGCCAUGAUCUUCUUCUUCUCCGCCGUCUGCAACUCCGACCCGGACCUCCUCUUCGACCACUGCGUCGCCGACACGGCCGCCGCCGCGGCGUUCCACUUCAACGGCCUGCCGUGCAUCGACCCGGCGACGGCGCGCGCCGACCACUUCGCCACCUCGGCGCUCUCCGAGCCCACGGACCCGUCCGCCACGCUCUUCGGCUUCAACGCGACGGUGACCAGCCCGGCCGCGUCCCUCCCCGGCGCGAACGCGCAGGGGCUCGCCAUGGCGCGCAUCGACCUGGCCCCCGGCGGCAUGGCGCCGCUGCACUCCCACCCGCGCGCGUCGGAGGUGGCGCUCGUGCUCUCCGGCGGCGUGCUGGUGGGGUUCGCCGACACGUCGUACCGGCUCUACACGCAGCGGCUGCGCGCCGGCGAGGCGUUCGUGUUCCCGAGGGGCAUGGUGCACUUCAUGCGCAACGAGGACGUCUCCGCCCCCGCCGUCGUGCUGUCCGGGCUCAACAGCCAGAGCCCCGGCGCGCAGCUCGUGCCCUUGUCGGCGUUCCGGACGGAGCCGCGCCUGCCGGACGAGGUCGUCAAGAAGACGUUCAGGAUCACCGGGCAGGACGUGCAGAGGAUACAAAGGAGCCUCGGUGGGUCGUAG